CCACGUGUUUUCAUUAAACUAAAACCAACCCGAACGCAAGCUUCCAGAGAACGAAGAGAAUCACUGUCAAAGUGUAAGCUCUCGACGAUGGCAUCAGGCGGCAACGGUGGAGGUGUGGAGUGGCACGUGCGGCCUCCAAACCCUAAGAAUCCAAUCGUCUUCUUCGAUAUUACUAUUGGUACAAUUCCUGCAGGUCGUAUCAAAAUGGAACUCUUCGCCGACAUCGCCCCUAAAACCGCCGAAAAUUUCAGACAACUGUGCACCGGUGAGUUCAGGUAUCUGGCGCUGUUGCUCUCCAGUUUCCUCAUUACAUACAAAAAAUUCUCAUAUCCUGUAAUGUUACAGUUUAUGAUUAUGUCGACAUUAAAAGCUGGAUUGCCAGUUGGUUACAAGGGAUGCCAAUUCCAUAGAGUGAUCAAGGAUUUUAUGAUUCAGGCUGGUGAUUUUGUGAAGGGUGACGGUAGUGGAUGUACUUCUAUCUAUGGGCUUAAAUUUGAGGAUGAGAAUUUUAUUGCCAAACACACUGGUCCUGGUCUAUUAUCAAUGGCAAAUAGUGGAGCAAAUACUAAUGGGUGUCAGUUCUUUAUCACUUGUGCAAAAUGUGACUGGCUUGACAAUAAGCAUGUUGUAUUUGGGAGAGUGCUUGGAGACGGUCUUUUGGUUGUCAGGAAGAUUGAGAACGUGGCUACUGGACCCAACAACCGUCCAAAACUAGCAUGCAUUAUUGCAGAAUGUGGAGAAAUGUAAAAGGUAAAAUGAGUAGAACACUAAUUAGGAUAAACUAAAAGUAAUAUAAUUCUGUAAGCAAUAUGAGUUGAGUUAGAAAUAAUUCUUAAAGUCCACUGAUGAUAUUUGCUAUAGUGUUAUGCUCUUGUUAGCAAAACAUAUACAUAACAAAGAAGAGGAUAUUUUUAUGACAAGGGGAUAUCCAGUCAAAUCUUUUACUUCAUAA